AUGGACCCUCACCUGCAGUUCGUACUCCUUAGCAUCCUGCUGUUGUGCUGCCUCAUUAGGGACAAUUCCUUUGGAAGCAGGUGCGUUGUUGUGGACUUUGAGCAUCACCCGCCAGGGUUCGGAUGGUGCAGAGAUCUGGGGAUAUGUCGAAGUCCGCAAGGGUGCCUACCUUUUCUGGAGCUACUACAAGAGUCCCCACCGUGUGUCGUCGCCAGAGAAGCCAUGGCCGACCGCCUUCUAUGCGUUGUGUGCGUUAAUUUGCUCAUCGAUCAGGCGCCCGACGCAAGCUUGGGGCAUGACAACUCGACGUGGCUGCACAAUGCAGACCUUCUCGUCGUGGACACCCCGGUGGGCACCGGCAACAGCUACGAGGACGACGCAAGCAGCAGCGGCAACGGAGUGUGGAGCAUGGCCCAGACGACGUUCCCGCUGCUCCGUGGGGCGUUCCUGCAGGCGGCCGCGGACAUCCUCGUGCUCCUCAGGGCACCUACGCUGGCAGGAUCAGCACCGUCGUCGGACUAG